AUGGCGGGAAAGGCAAAGGGCAACGGCGGCGCCAUGCUGUCGAGGCCAGACGGGUCCCAGAUGGAGCGCGAGCUGCAUGAAAGCAAUGAAGCAAUCAAGUUGUGUGAACUGGCCAUCCAGGAGCAAGAGAUGCAUAUCCUGAAUCAUCGACGAGCGAUGGAACGACACACAGAGCUGUUGAAACGACAGCAAUAUGAACGACAAGAUUUGCAGAUCCAGCGCGAUAGUUUGCUGAAGCGAAUGGAAGUCUUUCGACAGUACAAGCGCGGUGCAGAUCUCACACCGCUGGAAGGAGCGCCGCCGUCGAAGAAGACCGCACCAUCGUCUCCUGAGCCAUCCCGAGAUGUGCGAGGUACACGGUCGUCCUCGUCGACCGCGAUUGCACCUUCACCACCACCAACGACUGCUCCCCCGUCCCCUAUGCCUCAAACGCCUCGUACCCCACGUCAUUCGGCUAAUGACGUCACUGUUGUAUCGGGUCCCGUGCGACCUCGAGUCGUCCCAUUGGAGACGACGUCGUCUGCAGACGCUGGAAGUUCGUCUCGACGGUCUGGAUCGUCCUCUCGAUAUCCCGAUCGCUUCUGGUCCACAACAGACAAAUGCAAAAUCCUCGGUCAGCCGCGCACGACGUUGGUCCCCGACCAGUGUGAUCGGAAAGUGCGGUGCUCGGCAUUUCACGCCAACCUGCCUGACAUCCUCGCCACCACGUCCGACGAAGGCAUGCUUCGGCUUUGGCACUACCAACCCACCCGUCGGACAUUGUCACCGAUUUCCUGUGUGCCGUCGACGACGCUACGAAAGACAAACGCAUGCGUCGAAGGCCUGGCGUGGAAUUCGACUCGAUCCAAGUUGGCCAUGGCGUUUCGGGAUCCGAUCCACGACAAAGGCGGCAUUUGCAUCGCAGAAUGGGAUUCGGAUGCGAAAAUCCAUUUGCCACCGACGACUGUGUGGCAGGCCGACACAUCUCUCCAUCCCAAGGGUGUGUCGUGUAUCGGAUGGCUGGACGAAGCGUAUUUUGUGACGGGUGGCGCCAAGCAUAAGGUCGUGUGCUGGAACCAUGCGACCCGCCAAGUCCAGACCUUGCAUCAACAUCAUCGCAGUGAAAUUCGCGCAGUGUGCCCGCACAGUUCCGGCAAUGCUGUCUUUUCCGGGGCCCUGGACGGCGUUGUCGCCAAGUUUGACCUGCACACGCAAACCGUGUCGGUCGUGCGGGAGUGGCGGAAGCCUGUCAUUUCAAAGAUCAACGCGAUUGCCGAACAUCCGGCAAACCCGCACUUGCUCAUGUACUCGUGUGUGAACCCGGGCAACCAAGUCAUGAUGUUUCACGAUCUCCGACAGCGCUCGAACGACAACAUGCCGUCCAUGGUGUGGCACAAGCUUCAGAACAAAGCGAUGAGCCAGCACAUUACUCCUCGGUGGUCGUCUGCCGGCAUGCACGUUUCGUGUGGAAGCACGGUCGGCGAUUUGUUCAUCUGGGACUUGCGCGCAUGCCGACGGGUCGAACCGCCCCAUCAAACGGUCAGCAUGCACCAGGCCAAGGUCCUCCAUGGGCUCUGGCACGCAACUCAAAACGCCAUCGUGACCGUCUCGCACGACCGGAAUCUUGGAGUUGUCACGUUUCAGUAAUGGAGGAAGCGAUUCGUUGCCAUCCGCGCGUGCUGCGUUUUGAACAAGGUCGAUCUUG